UCCCGCAGUCCUGACAGUAUACUCCUCAAACCAAUUUCUUCCGCCGCUGCUCCGCCUUUCCCCUUCCUCCGCUUUCACUUCCGCCGCCGGUGUCAGCAACCUAGACCACUUCUUCCACUCGCCGAGUUUGCAAUCUAUUUCAAUUUCAUUUUUCCCUAAUCAAAACUCCUCCUUUAUCAAUUUCAAUGGAAGCCCAAAGUGUAGCCCUUCGUGGUUAUAUUCAUGGAGCUCUCUCUUCCCUUCAAUCCCGCAAAACCGAUGUGUCGACCAAGUUUCCCAAGCCAUAUUCUUCAGAAAUUCGUUGCUCAUUCCAAUCAAUUCGCUCGAGCACCAAGAUAAAUCUACGGUGUACAAGCAGCGUCGAGAAGGUUGAAUACAAAGGGGUUUUUGAUACAGAAGAAGUUAACCCUAAACACAAAGUUAGCUUGAAAAAAUUAGCGGUGUUCGUUUCCGGCGGAGGCUCCAAUUUCAGGUCUAUUUAUGAGGCCACGCUUAAUGGCUCCGUACACGGUGAUAUUGUUGCUUUGGUCACCAACAAACAUGAAUGUGGAGGUGCGGAAUAUGCCCGUGAUAAGGGUAUUCCUGUUAUCCUUUUUCCUCCAAGGAAAGGGGCAGAAGAGGUGUUUUCUGCAGAUGAUCUUGUAAAUGCAUUAAGAUCCUACAAUGUUGACUUUGUACUUUUAGCUGGUUAUCUAAAGCUUAUUCCUACUGAGUUGAUCAAAGCUUAUCAAAAGGCAAUACUGAAUAUACAUCCGUCGCUUCUUCCAGCAUUCGGUGGGAAAGGGUAUUACGGUAUGAAGGUGCAUAAAGCAGUAAUUGCUUCUGGAGCAAGGUAUUCAGGUCCUACAGUUCACUAUGUUGACGAGGAGUAUGACACAGGCCGCAUCCUUGCUCAAAGGGUAGUGCCUGUGCUCGCAAACGACACAGCCGAGGAACUAGCUGCAAGAGUCCUUGUUGAGGAGCAUAAAUUAUACGUGGAGGUAUGCUCAGCCUUAUGUGAUGAGCGAAUCAUCUGGAGAGAAGAUGGUGUCCCUCUCAUCCAAUCCAAACAUGACCCUACUCACUAUCUAUAGCAAAUCCAAGAUUGUUUGGAUUUUUGGUGAAAUCAAACUGUUUCACUUUUGUUAGAAUGCAGUGCUAUUUUUAUACCCUAAAUCAGCAAUUUUUGGAGUCACUUUGUUAACAUAUUACCAUCUACAUGUCUAGACAUUUAACAGAUUGUAGCAACUGUCUAGUGUUUUGCUUCAA